CUGGCAACAACAACAAAAUGCACGAGCAGACAGCGCAAGACCUACCGGUCUAAGAGGCAUAGAUGAGAACGUAGAAGAAGCGCCGCAUUUAGUCUCUUGGCACGCCGAUCAGGUGAAAGUUGCGUGAGCCGAAAUGGAGGACCUCGCCACGGAGCAGCCGCUGCACCCGUACCGGGGCCGUCGCGCUGCAACAACGCCAUUUGAGCUGCGAUGGGCCGCCUCCCCUUACUGGCCUGCGGCUCCUGUCGACUUCUGGGCGCAAUCGGCCACCGGACAGGGCUUUCCCGACUUCUCCGCCAGCUGCACCGAGGAGGCGGAGCCGUCGACGGCCAGCAGCGGCGUCUCGGCCGGAGAAACCAACUGGAUGGGUACCCUAACCCGGAUGCUGGUCUUUUCGGUGCUGCUCAUCGCGCUGCUGAUCGCGUCACUGCUGCUGGGACGCACCAGCACCUGGCUGUCCGAGCACGACGAGGCCGCUGGUCAGCCGGCGGACCAGCAGCACCUGUCACCAUUGGCGGCGGGUGUGGCGUCGGGGAGGGGCGGCGUCGGAUCCUGGUUGCACGCGAAUGCGUCGCGGCCACUCGCAGCUGGCGCAAAAGACGACGCUCGAAGAAGACUUAACUCCCCCGAGGUGACCAAGAGGACAUCCAAAGAGGAAGUGGAAACGACAGAGGCUGUGAUGAGCACGCCAGCGGAUAUGCCUCAACUGGCUUCACGGCGGGCUAAGAAAAAGAAGUCUUGCGGGGCCUUCUCCUUCGUGUUCUGCCAGUCCCCGGAGCCCGAGUUCUACUUCGAUGCAUCUCAAGGAGCGUGCGUCUCGGUAGCUGACCAGGAGGCACGCGCCCUGUGUAACCGAGGGGCCAACAAGUUCACGUCACUGGCCAGCUGCGACGCCGCCUGCGGUGCAAAUGCGAACACCGUGGAAUCAAAAUGCCACGAAGAUGUUCUGUUCACUGAAUGCAAGAGUGAGGACGUCGUGGGCCCGCUCUGGUUCUUCAACGGCCAUCUGUGUCGACCGUGGAACUUCCCGGGCGGCCUCUGCCCGGCCGCCAACGACAGCAGGGGCAAUUUGUUCCCCACGUCCGAAGAGUGCUGGCGCUCCUGCCGCGAGCUCAGUUCACGCACCACCGGUUGUCGAGUCCCCAGGGAGGAGCGCUGCGCACCGGAAAGACUGAAGCAGCCGUACUUCGCCCACAUGGCGGCGUCGGGUGUGGCCGAGCGAUGUGUGAAAGCCACGGCCCAGAACCUUGCCCGCCGUCUGUGCCUCUCGGGCAAGAACCGCUUCAGCGCAUUGGAGGAUUGCAGAAAAGCUUGCGUGUGACGACAGUGCAGUGGCGUGCCAGCGCUUCUCCAGAAUUCAUACACGGUUCUCCGACUCGGCUGCCCAAUCGCGCUGAUAAUUAUUAAAAAUUUGUCAUCCCCGCCCCUUU